AUGAUUAAGAUUACGAUUCUUCUCAGAAUCACGCUCACCAAUUACACUUCAUUCAAUUGCUUACACACCAAUCGAGCUCAAUGUUCUUUGCAAAACCACAGAUUCAGUGACAAUAUCACACAGGGAAGCACCGCUGCUUCUCUGACAGCACGUUUCAAAAUAGACUCAGGGAUCAUAUGGAUCUUCCUCGAGUUCCUGAACGCGAUGUGGAUCGAGGAUUCUGAUGACGACGAUAUCGACGAGGAUUCCUCCAAUGAGGACGUAGAAGAUGCUCCACAUAACAAAGCCAUAGACGUGUGGUGUGGUCUAGGAGCAUCUUCGACGCUGUGGGCUAUCGUACAAGUGGACCAUCCUGACUUUUGCGUGAUAUUCUUGUCAGGCAUCAGUCACGAUUUUUCUGAGGAUUGUGCAUACAGCCUAUUACUUCCCACAAAUGCAUCCAUGGACGCGGAUGAGAAUGAGGAUGGUGAAGCUGUGAUUGUGGAACCCCCAGUCAGAGAUGAGAAGGAGGUGGAAGAAAUGUAUCUGAAGAACAGGCAGGAGAGACGGCUGAGAUUGUUAAAUCAUCUCCUUCCACAGCGCUAUGUAGCAAAAUCAAGCAACACGACAGCCAAGAAAUCAAGAAAACAAGCAAAAGACGAGGAUAAGGAAGUCAAGGAUAAUGAACGGGACGGUCAAGAGUACGAUAAGGAAGUCAAGGAUAAGAAAACCGACGCCAUAGGAUAUGAUACCAUACCGCACCGCACCGCACCGUACCGCAGUCGAGACAAGGAUAAGAAACACGAUGGACUACGAUAG